AUGGCGACCUCAAUUUCAAAGGAUGUGAUUAUCGAGCAGGACAAAGAACAUUUGAAUGAUAACGAAUCACUACUGGAAACUCAUAAGUCGUGCGACGUGGAGCUUGGGGACGACACGACAGUAAAUGAAACCAUGACGAUUGCAGAGCAGAGUGUCAAAGUGCAAGAUAGUUUAGUGGAGGAUUUUAGUCACGUAAAUAAUGUAGUCGUGACGGAAGAAGAUGCGGCGGAGAUUGUUGAAGCGAUUGCUAAGUCUAUUGCUGUGACACAGAAUCGGGAGAUGGAUUAUUCCGUGGCUGCGACUGUCGGAAGUUCAAUUGAUGGGGAUAGUUUAAAACCUGAAGAUUUUGCAGGACAUGAGACGUUUGAAGAGGAAAGCAGUAAGAAGGCAGAGGUCGAUUUUGAUGAACUUGCAGCUGCUGACGAUAAAUUGAGGAAUCAAUCGAUGGAGACUGCAGAAGAGUUCAUGAACUCUGUUACUACUACAAAAAGAAGUUUGAUUGACAACAUGAGUACUGGUAGUCCUGACGAAAUGGAAGGAAUCGUUGAGCCAACAAAAGCUGAAGAGGAAAAGAGAACAAAAAUACUAAAGACAUUUUCAGGUGAAGAAUGUCAACAAUUUGUGACUGACAGCUUGUCUCGAAGAGCCGAAAACGCCAAUUCUCUUGUUCAUAAAACAAAUGAUGCAGCUCCAGAUACGGAGGGUAGUGAGCCCGAGUCCGAGAAGACGCCGCCUUCUUCCAAACCUCAUUGUCCCGAUUCUGCCGCGAAGGUAGCUCUUACGAUGCCUUCUUCAGUCCAAACUAACGUUGAUGAUGUGGAAAAUCAUCGAGAUGAGUCAUUAGAACCUUAUCAAACGCCGUUGGCAACGAAUUUGGCUCUCGAUGGUACAUCGCCAGUAAAGCAAGUAAUACAUCGACUUGAAGUCCACGAAGGAGAUAAUUCACUCGAUAGUCUUCAAAUCCGUACAAAGCGCGACUAUUUUACCGAAAAACAGCGAAGUAUCUCUGUGAGUGCCGAGCGGGAGAAAUUCCAGGCACAGCUAGCACGACAGACCAAGGAAGCCGCAGAAGCUCACGAUCGACAGAAAUCUCCCGCGAAGAACCCUAUCAAGCGAAAUUCGGCAAUGUCCAGUGUCCGAAAUAUGGCAAGUCGAUUUGAAAAAAAAGCAGAACAAUCUCUCGAUAAUUUGUCGUUUCGAACCGUGCGCAGUUUCUUUCCAAAGGAAAAGAGCAUUCACGUGGAUACUGAAAAGCAGAAGUUCGAGGCACUUGAAAAGAGACAAGCUGCGAACGAGGAGCAAAUGUUAAAUGAAAUUGGGGGGGCUGAUUCGGAUGAUUUCGGUGAGUCUGGAGUCAAGGACUCUAUAUCCGAAGCAACAGGUCGUCGGUAUACCGUAGGCGAAGACAAUUCGAAGGUCCGCGGAAUUGCCAGUCGAUUCGAAAGCAAGCGUGCGUAUUCAGUCGUGUCGGCUCCCGUGCGAACGAUCGACUCUUUUAUUGUGGCUGACAGUGAAGCAAGCGUCCGUGUGUCAGCCGAAAAGGCGAAGUACGAGAACAAGAAAACGACAUCAACGCCAGUAAAGCGCACGAUUGAUUCAUUUAUUGUUGCUGAUAGCGAAGCCAGCGUCCGCGUUUUGGCGGAGAAAGCAAUGUUUGAGAGUCAACAGAAGUUUUCAACGCCUGUAAAGCGGACAAUCGACUCGUUCAUUGUCCCUGAAAGUGAGGCAAGUAUACGUGUGAGUGCCGAAAAGGCAAAGUUUGAGACUCCGAAAAAGGAAGUCAAGACGACCAAGCGCACGAUCGAUACAUUUAUUAUUCCAGAGUCAGAAGCAAGUGUGCGAGUGUCGACAGAAAAGGAACGAUUUGAGAAUCAAGCAGCAAUGUACGCCCCCACUAAGCGGACAAUUGAUACAUUUAUCGUUGCAGAGAGCGAAGCAAGUGACAAUUGA